CAGCCUCCCUGCAUCCUCGCGCGAGCAUCACUGAAGCAGUCCUCUGGUCAGCGACGCCCGCGCGCCCCUCUGCUCCGCGCGGACGCAUGAAGGCCUCCUCCCGCCACCAGCGCCUCCGUCUUCGGUGAAUCCUCCGCAGUCGUCGCUCCUCCAUGGAUGUGAAGUGAAGGCGGACGGAACUCAGUCGGCGUCUCCUCCUCCUCUUUUCUCACCGUCGGGACCGCAGAACCGCACCGAACCACAAAAUGGCGGACAUGGUGGAGCUGGGACCCGCCUACGCCAUGUCUCCAGUUCUGGCGGGCUUCCUGGGCGCCGGGGUUCUGGUUCUGGUCAUGGUGGUCCUGGUUCUGCUCUGGUCGUUCUGCCAGCGCCGCUACCUGCGCAUCAGCGGCCGCUACAAGCUCCACGGCGACCGCUACUGCGACGCCGAGGACCCCCCCUACAAGUUCAUCCACAUGCUGAAGGGGAUCAGCAUUUACCCAGAAUCCCUCAGCGGCAGCAAGAGGAUCGUCCGCGGCAUCCGGCGCGCCGACCGCUCCGACGCCGACGGGGAGAGGGGCGGUGCCGCCGGCUCAGCGGGGAGGGGCAUGGUGCUGGUUGAUGCAGAGAACAACAUCCUGGACGUCCCGGGGCAGCUGCAGAUGAGUCACCUGGUGCCCCCCGCGGCGGCGGCGCCACACGCUCAGGGCCGGCUGGAGCGGGCGCUGCCCGUGCGCGCCGACUACUGCUGCCUGGACAGCAGCUCCGCCAGCAGCAGCCAGACCAGCAGCAAGACGGCGUCCCCCUUCACCCCCGCCGGCGCCGAGCCCGAACCCGAGCCCAACCUGGGCUCCAUCAGCCUCGCCGUCGACUACAACUUCCCCAAGAAGGCCCUGGUUGUGACCAUCGUGGGGGCCCGGGGGCUCCCCGCCAUGGACGAGCAGGCGGGGAGUUCCGACCCGUACGUGAAGAUGACCAUCCUGCCCGAGAAGAAGCACCGGGUCAAGACCCGCGUGCUGAGGAAGACGCUGGACCCGCUGUUCGACGAGACCUUCACCUUCUACGGCGUGGCCUACAGCUCGCUGCCCGAGCUCACGCUGCACUUCCUGGUGCUCAGCUUCGACCGCUUCGCCCGCGAUGAUGUCAUCGGGGAGGCCGUGGUGCCGCUGAAGGGCUUCGACCUGAGCACGGGCCGGGUCCACCUGAGCCAGCAGAUCGCCAAGAGGAACAUGCAGUGUGAGAGCCGUGGAGAGCUGCUGGCCUCGCUGUCCUACCAGCCGGUCUCCCACCGCCUCAGCGUGGUCGUUCUGAAGGCUCGACACCUCCCCAAGAUGGACAUGACGGGCCUGUCAGCCAAUCCCUACGUGAAGGUGAACGUCUUCUACGGCCGCAAACGCAUCGCCAAGAAGAAGACCCACGUGAAGAAGUGCACCCUGAACCCGGUCUUCAACGAGUCCUUCAUCUACGACAUCCCGCCCGAGCUGCUGCCCGAGAUCUCCGUGGAGUUCCUGGUGGUCGACUUCGACCGCACCACCAAGAACGAGGUCCUGGGCCGCCUGCUGCUCGGCCUGCACAGCCCCUCCCCCUCUGGCGCCUCCCACUGGAGGGAGGUGUGCGAAAACCCCCGCCGGCAGAUUUCCAAAUGGCACAACCUGAGCGAGUUCUGAGGGAGGAGGAGCGGCCGGGACAGCCAAAAGACUCUGUACAGCACAGUAACACACAUGCACACACACAUGCACACACGCACAUGCACACACACACACACAUGCACACUGCUGUGACCAUAGUUCAUCUCUGUUCUCCUCCGCCUCACAUCAGAAUCCUGCAGCUCUGAAAACAUCUGAAGCUCCUCAGACUGAUGUCAUGUCUGUGUCUGCUGGGGGGGGGCUCCAGUGUGAUUCUAAAAAAGAUAAAGACCCCCCCCCCAUUGCUGUUGCCAUGCAGGUCAUUGCAUGUCUGUGUGAAAAGAAAAAACGCCUGAAAGCAGAGACGGACGGAGGACGAGAACAGCCCGACCUGCAAAGCCUCUGUAACCAAACGCUGACCCGUCCCGUAGAGAGCUGCUCUGGAGGACCGGCGGGAGAUCCUGGUUCUGGUUCUGUUUGACAGCUGCAGCUUCCCCCCUCCUGACAGAAGAGCAGGCCUCAAACGUUUCAGUGACUCCACCGCUUUAAACAGUUCGUCUGACCCAUGAUAACAAGUGUGAGUCCGGUUCUGAUCAGGAACCAGAACCGGCUGUUCAGAGACGAGGAUGAGAGCUAGCAGAAGGAUGGAGUCAGUGAAAGAUGAUGUGUCAGCCGUCCAAAUAUUUCAUGGAUUUGAAGCAGAGCCGUUCUGUUUGCUGAAUGUUCAACGCAUGCUAACGAAACUAAAGUUCUUUUACCGCAAACGUGGCGCCAAACUGCAGCUCGCCUCCUGACAAAUGUGUCCAUCCUUAAACUUUUACUUUGAAAGAGCUCGAUGGGCAUUUAAAAACAUUUACGUAGAUUUAUUCACAUCAAUGGUCGCCAUGACAACAACAUCCGCAGAGGAGCUAACCUGUUUAACUACUAGCAUUAGCAGUUAGCGCUCCGCUUUCCUCCGUCCCUCCAAGAUGUGGGUCCUCCUGAUCAGAAACACUAAAAGUGUCCCUUCAGUACCUUAGCGUUCUGAGGGGUGUGGAUGGGAACUUCCUGAGGUCCGGUUCUGUUUGAGCGGGCCGCAGAGGUUCUGCUGGAAACACUUCAUCUCUUUUGCAAACGCUGAAUGAAAAACUUUCCACCUCUGUGGUUCUAUCGCUGCUGCGCCGUCUGCUGUUCUCCCUCUGUGUCUGCGCAGACGUCACAUCACUGAAAACUGCUGGGGGGGUUGGGGGGGCUUUGAUUUAAGGGCGGGGCCACAGGAUCAGAGCUUCUACCUCUUUGAAAUGUCAUCAGAAACUUUAACUGAAACCAGCAGAGUUUCUCAGAUGUUUGGUUGGAGGUCAGAGGUCAGGUGGAGGCGGGGUUUGCAGCAGCAUUUUAACUUUUUACUUAAAAACGUUUCCAGACUUCCUCUUUGGCGUUUUCAAACUAAAGUCCUCUUUGUGAACAUCCUCAAACCGCCUCAGAAUGAACACUCUGGAUUUGAGUUCUCAUGAAACCGAUCAGAUUAUUGUGCAGAGGGAAAACAGCACCAGAGGGCGCCGUGGAGCAGGAUCAGUUCAGAGUUCUGGUUCUGUGAGAGGUUCCUUCUCCUGCCCGUUAGUCCUGUAAACAUCAGCAGCUGCAGCUCUGCUUCCUUUCGUCUGUUUCCUUUGAUAUUUUUACAUUCUUUUCUGUAACAACCCUGUGGUUCAGUCAGCCAGCAGGCGGCGCCGUUUGUGUUUGAUAUUUCUGGUUCUCCUGAGUGAUGUCUGCGAGUCGACCUUCAGAAAGCACAUUUAGAAAUGAUUCCACCUCAAAUCUGCUUCUGAAAAAACCCUUUGAAAGAAAAAGAUGCAGCCUGAUCUCCAUCCUGGCCCUUGGAUCCGGUCGGUGUUUGGAAGCGCCUGACGGACUGUAGAUUUGUACAGAUGUGAAGCCGUGAGCUGGUUCCCCUCCUGUCUGAAGUCCUCAGAGCUUUAGUGUUUGAGCGCCCCCUGCUGUAGACCUGGAUGCUAACCUUGUGUUGGGUUUGUUAACAAUCAGUGGACGUGCAAAUAAAAACCUGUAAACUAAGA